CUCUCCCCACUAAUCCUCCUUCAAUGGCCCCUGGUUUUCAACCGGUUUCCCCCUUAUAUAUCACCACUACUCUCCUUUCCCUUUCUCAUCACCGCCUUCUGAUUUUCCACGCCUUUUCCUAGCGAUCCAAACGCUUCUCUCGUAUCUCAACCAACCAACGCGCAGUUCUUCGGAUCGUUUCUGCUUGCUUUUCGGCUGCCUACACGGAUUUACUGGCUGGAUUUUGGAGUUUAUCGGAUGUGAUUUGGAUAUUCCGGCACUAAUCUGCGAUUGGAAUCGUAAUUUGGGGAGAUUUGUGGAGUCGAUCGACGAUGCUGGAGCACAGGAGAGACACGGUAGGGUAUGUCCAUAAGAUCGUUAGGAAGAAGAAGUUCAAGCGAAAGAUGAAGCGCCGGACGCCGGACGGUUCGGUAACGUUGCAACGGCUGUACAUGUCGUGCCGAGAGGUGUUUAAAGGCCCCGGCACUGUUCCUUCCCCCGCUGAUGUGCAGAAGCUGUGCCACAUUCUUGAUGGUGUGGUGCCAGAAGAUUUCGGGCUAAGCAGGGAUUUGCAGUUCUUCCAGACCAAAGCUGCUGUGAAAGGGCAUCCAAGAGUCGCAGAAGCAACCAUAUACUCUUGCAAGAACUUUUCGUUGUGCUUAUUCUUCCUCCCGGCCUCUGGUGUCAUUCCUCUCCAUAACCACCCAGGAAUGACUGUUUUCAGCAAGCUUCUGCUCGGAACCAUGCACAUUAAAGCGUACGAUUGGGCAGAUCCUCUCAGUUCAGACCUCGCUGAGUCCACCUCAAAACCUAACCUAGCGAGGUUGAAAGCCGACAGCAUCUUCACAGCGCCAUGCAACUCUUCUGUAUUGUAUCCGACAUCAGGAGGCAACAUCCAUGAGUUCACAGCUAUAACGCCCUGUGCGGUGCUGGAUGUUCUUGGACCUCCAUAUUCUGGAGAGGAUGGUCGAGAUUGCUCGUUCUACAGAGACACUCCCUGCUUGGAUUUACCGAAUGGAGGAGAAAGGACGAUGGCCAAGGAAGAAGGUGAACGUUACGGAUGGCUAGAAGAGAUUGAGAUGCCGGAGGAAGCCCGUAUGGACAGCAUACCUUAUUUAGGGCCACAAAUUAUUGAGACUGGCCGCUAGCUACAACCAGAGGCAUAAUACCUUAAUUACAUCUGAAACAUUCUGUAUCUCACUUUUUUUUUUCUUCAUUUUGUUUGUUGCCUUUUUACGUGUGAAUCCAAGCAUGAAUGUAAAUGAAACGCGAUCUUUGAUAGUGUUUACAAGUUGAAGUUUUGAUA